CGUCGUGACGCGACUCUGACGUCGGUAGGGGACGGAAGUGAUGCAGCUCGUGUGUUCCUCAAUCACCUAAUCCGUGUUGAUGAUGCAAAUAUUCUCCAAAUCUAAUCACAACAUGGUGAUGCGUGAUUGAAAACAUCCUUGCGUCAUUAUUGAUAUUGGUUUUCCUGCCGAGCGGAGAGAUGGAUCCGUCCCGGAGGAGCGAGAGCGACUGGCAGGCGCUGGCCAACGAGUUCCUCAUUUGUAAGCAGAAGUUGGAGAGUAAGACAGAAGCUCUUCUGAUUCUGUCGAAGGAGCUGGACACUUGCCAGCAGGAGAGGGAUCAGUACAAACUGAUGGCCAACCAGCUGCGUGAGCGACACCAAGGACUCAAAAAGAAGUACAGAGAACUCAUUGAUGGAGAUCCCUCUCUUCCUCCUGAGAAAAGAAAUCAGGUGAAUUUAGCUCAGCUACUGAGAGACUCGAGAGAAAAAAGCUUUCUACUUUCUGAGGAGGUGAAGGAGCUAAAACAACGACUGGUGGAAGCUCAAGGUGAUAACAAGCUUUUAAGAAUGACCAUUACCAAACAGAGGCUGGGAGACGAGGAGGUUGGGGCUCGACACUUCCCUGCCCAUGAACGAGAGGAUCUGGUCAAACAGUUGGAAAGAGCCGGAAAGCAGAACGAGGUACUGGAGCACAGCGUUAAGUCGCUCACAGACGAGCUUCAGGACGUGCGAGCAGAGCGGGACGUGUUUCAGCAGAAAGCUCACCGUCUUAAUGUGGAAAUGAACCACAUUUUGGGCAACGAUGAGAUACGCCUUUUAGACAUAGAUGCACUCUGCAUGGAGAACAGGUAUUUGCAUGAACGGUUCUGUCAACGUCAAGAGGAAAUCAAUUUGCUUAAAACAAACCUGGUGAAGUACAAGAGUGCCCUGGAUUGUAGGAAAACCUCUAAAAUCUGUGGGAAACCCAACAGUAGUGCAUUGACUGGGGUGCUCUCUGCUAAACAAGUGAAGGAAUUGUUGCUGUCUGAAGAAAACGGCUGCAGUUUGCCUGUGACUCCUCAGUCCAUCUCAGACCUCAAAUCACUUGCCACAGCUCUGCUGGAAACCAUCCACGAGAAGAACAUGGUGAUUCAGCACCAACGCCAAAUCAACAAGAUUCUUGGUAAUCGAGUAGCAGAGCUGGAGAUGAAACUAAAAUCAUUAGAAAUGUCUGGAAUAUGGAGCCUGCCGGGCCUGACUUAUAAUGUGUCUCUGGGAAUAUCUGGAAGAGGGAAAGACACCAUUAUCUUGCAUACUCAACAGGCUGAGUCUCAUGGACAGGAAGGUGAUGAAGGUUCAGAAAAAAUAUAUGUUGAUCAGAAGAGCUCCACGGAAAUCCCAUUCCAAGAUAAUGUACCACCAGCUGUGUCAGGCAGUCAAGAGGAGCUUCUUGAAGAGAACCCAUCCAGUGAGGAGACGUGCCCGCCAAACCUCUCAUACCAGUCAGCUGAAGAACAGCCAGUCAGCCCUCAGACCGAAACACCAGACAGUGAAGAGUGUCAUGACAGUGGUCAAUCGCAGGUAACAACUGAUUUAACAGAUUUAACAAGUCAUCGGUCAAAAGAAGAGAAGUGUGUCAGUGAUUCUUCUCCCACACACAAUCUGUCGGACCUCUACCACUUACAGCACACCUUAGAGAACUCUGACCCCGCAGGAGGAGGAGAGAAUGAGUCAGAUGAAUGCACAGAGGGGUUGGAAACUGUUGAAACAGAGGAAAAAAUCAAAAGCACAAUAUCCAGUGCUGCCACUGCAAUUUUUGAAGAAGGGCAGCCCGACUUCCAGACAAACCAGAAGAAAGAGCUUUCAGAUGGGACAGAUUCAUGUGUUAGUCAGGAACUGUCAAAUCUUUCAUGAAUCAUGAAAUCCUCAGCAGUGUUUUGUCUAAUUUUUUUUUUUUUAGCAGCGGGGGAAAGGGUUAGGGUUAACAAAAAGUUUGCUGAUCUUGGACGAGCCUGACUCCCUGCCAGAUCACCAAACUUUCUGUUACUGCUGUUACACAGGUUAGACCUACUGGCCACUAGCACGCUGUGCUGGCUAGCUUAAGUUGCUAUAGCUGCUAACUGAUGGUUUGUCUCCAGAGCUGCCGCCCGCUCUCCUCCUAGCAAAGUAAUCUUCUAGCGGCGGGGAGGGAGGCACAGGGGCCGCUGGGUGUGCUAGCUAGCAAAAUCUUGUUUUACUUGUGUACCGAUAUACAGGGAAUUCAUCAAAUUCAGUUCCCCAUAACGCUAAGCUACUAUAGCUGUAAUGUUUUUGCAGUGGGACCCGCUUGAGCGCGGUUUCCAUGGGAGUGGGCUUUGAGUGUGAUUGACGUUCUGUCUCUGUUCCAGUGGCUCAUCCUCAUGGUAGAAAGAGUUUGGACAACAGCUCGUUUGGAGUUCAGUAGCGCAGAAAGGGACACUAGUGUUGAUAAUAGAUGCCUUGAGUUAACAGUGAUCCCCCGAAGUAUUAUUACACAGCAGGGAUGUGCACAGAUAUUUUGGGGGGCGGGGGCUCAAGUUAAAAAAUCUAAACCCAAUUUUGCGACACUUUAUGAAGGAUUUUCCUCUUAACAUAACCCUGUCAAAAUAGUAACUAAUCAGAGUAAAGAUAAAUAAUAUCUUAGCAUUUGCCCUAACUGGCUGACUGAUAUAAUUCCUGCUUUUAUUUGAUCCAUUUUGAGAGUCUCAUACAAGGCCCAAAGAAUGUAAAAAUCUGAACAUAACCGAAUGUGAUUGCCCAACAGAAAUAUAUUGCUACAACAUCCUUCACUCUACAGGGAUUGUUUUUCCACAAAAUGUUAGGGAAAAUAUUGGCAGAGAUUUGCUCCCAUUUAGCCAGAAGAACAUUAGGUUGGGCAAUAAAGCCUGGCUCCUGGACUAGUUAAUCCAAAACAUAUUGGAUGGGUUUGAGGUCAGAACUCUGUGUGCACCAUUCAAGUUCUUCCACACCAUUGGGAAUAACUCUUUCCAUUGUCACCAUGACAAACUGUUUGCCACAAAGUUUGAAGCUUUACGUUGUGUAUGUAUUAGGUUUAGUGUGAAGAAACUGUGAUUUAUGCUGAU